AUGGAUCAAAUAAUACGUCGCAUACAUUGCAAUAAACAAUUGGCGAAAUUUUGUGCACCGCUACGCACAAAGCCGAAACGACGGAAACGUCGUUUUAAUCCUUUGAUCGAUUUAAGGGAAAAGGAAUUCCAAUAUAGUUAUCGUUUCACCAAGGAUAGUAUGAAACGUUUAAUUGAUAUGCUGAAGGAUGAUUUGGAAGUGGAUACCCUAAAUCCGGCAAAGUCUCAAGUACCGGUGGAGAAACAAAUAAUGGCAGCUGUUCGUUAUUGGGGAAGGACUGAGCAUCCCGAAAUAACCGCACAAACACAUGGAGUUACGCUUAAAACUCUCAUGAAAAUAAGCAAACGUGUUGCCGAAGCUUUAUCGUAUAAUGCAUCUCGAUAUAUUCGUAUGCCAUGUUUACUAGCCGAAAAGGAGAAGGUUACAAAAGGUUUCUACGAUAUAGCUCGUAUGCCUCAGGUGAUCGGUGCUGUUAAUCAUACACAAAUGAAAUGUAAACGACAGAAGACUUCAAUGGGAAAUAAUCCAGUAGAACAGAAUAAUACCGUGGAACACAUACUGCAUAUACAGAUUGUAACAGAUGCCAGUUUAAAAAUACGUGAUUUAGAUUGUCAUUUGACCAAGGCAUGCGAUGUGAAAACUCCAGCUGAUAUAUUUGCCCAGAGUAGGAUCAAAGAACGUUUUGAGCAAAAUGAAUUCCGUGGUCGUUUGCUUCUAGGAGAUUCUGAUUUGAAAUGCUCAUCAUAUCUUUAUACACCGGUCCUCUAUGGCAUAACAUUGGCCGAACAGGCCUUUAAUAGUUCAUUACGUUUAACAUAUGAACCGGCAAGAAAAUCGUUGAAAUUAUUACAACAUCGUUUUGGUAUUUUAAAUGACGAAUUUCAUGGUUCACACACAACUGCCCGGCAUAUUGUUGUCGCUUUGGUUCUACUACAUAAUAUGGCAUUGGAAUGGAAAGAUUCAUCAAUAGAUCCCGGAAGUUUGAAGGAUUAUGAAAAUCAUCACUAUGAGAUACCAACAAAUACUGAAGAACGCAGCCGUGCUGAAUUUAUUAAGAAUCAUUUUUAUACAUCUCAGAAUUAG